GUAGAAGUAAAGACAGAACAACAGAAAGCAGCAGCAACAGAUGAGAGGACGAAGACGAGAGACGAGGACGUCCAGGAGAAGACACCCAGAGGAGGGAGAGGAGGGAGAGGAGGGAGCAGCACAACUCUACACAAAGCAGGAAGACCGGAGCAGAUCGACGGAAGCCUCCCGUAUUUCCGCUGGUUCGGCGCUCCAUUAGUCUGCCCGGUUUGCCGGUUCGAGUCUGAAAGGAAACACGUCCGUUUGAGCCGAGCGACACGAGCGCAGGAGGCGCCGUGAAGUCAUGACGAGCGGCUGAGAGAGACUCCGCCUUCCUCACACACCCAGACGCUAUGACUGACGCCGCCUCCGCCCUGGGGGAAGAACCCCCCAUCACUCCUCCGCCCAUGACCACGCCCCCUCGAAAAGCCUCCGUCCGACUGCAGGAGAGGCGGGGCUCUAACCUCUCGUUGCUAUUGGACGUCAGCAGUCUGGGGGCGGAGCCUGUCUGUUCUGUCUCCACCCCUAAGGAGGUGUGGCUUCAGCUGCUGCACACGUCCUCGCGACCUCUGACCCACGCCCUGCUGCAGCAGGCGGCCAGGGACACCAAAGCGCUCAACGCCGAGUACCAGAAAAUACCGCCCAACUUUGUGAGCGCGGCCGAGCUGGACGUUCCCGGACACACCAUGAAAGACCGAUACAAAACCAUCCUCCCCAACCCCGAGAGCCGGGUGGUCCUGAGGAGCCCCGAGGAGGAGGCGGGGCCAGACCGCUACAUCAACGCCAACUUCAUUCGGGGCUUCAGAGGAGCGCCUCGGGCCUACAUCGCCACCCAGGGGCCCAUGCUGCACACCGUUACCGACUUCUGGGACAUGGUGUGGCAGGAGGGGAGUCGCAUCAUCGUCAUGGUUACCCGACUGAAGGAGAACAAUGAGAAAUGUGAAGUCUACUGGCCUCAGCGGAGGGACGGGCUCAGGAAGGAGGAGCAGCAGGAGCAGGAGGACAGAGAUGAAGACGAGGCGGAGACGAGUCGAUUCGGCAGAUUUGUUCUUCGAGUGAAAGACGUUCAGGAGAGAAACGGAUUCACCGUCACGGACGUGGAGGUCCAGCUGUUGUCGGAGCGUCGCGUCGUGCGUCACUUCUGGUUCACCUCGUGGCCCGACCACCACAUCCCACAAUGCACUGCUCCCCUGCUACGGUUGGUGGAGGAGGUGGAGACGUACAGCAGGUCACUGGCCCCGCCCGCCGGCUCUCAGCCAAUCGCAGCGCCCGGCGCCGGGCCCGGACCAGUCGUGGUCCACUGCAGUGCAGGUAUAGGGAGGACCGGGUGCUUCAUAGCGAGCAGCAUCGGCUGUCAGCAGCUCAGAGAAUCAGCUCAGGUUGACGUUCUGGAGAUCGUCUGUCAGCUUCGACUCGACAGAGGAGGGAUGAUCCAGACCCCGGAGCAGUACCAGUUCCUGUACUCGGCUCUGGCUCAGUACAGCAGCCAGCUGCAGCUCUCUCAGCAACAGAACCAGCUGAUUACGCAGCAACAAGACCAACAGAACCCAGAGGAUCAACAGAACCUGGAGGAGAAGGUCAGCAUCCAGCUGCAGAACCUGCAGCUGGACCCCGAGCAGAACUGAUCCACAUCCUGGAAAACCCCCAGGAGGGUGUCACUCAGACUCAGAACCGAUUCUGGAUCAAACAGGAGGUCAAGAAGAAGCUCAGGUCCAAGUAUGACCCCGUCAAUCGUUUCCAUUCUGGACUGGAACGGUCAGAGAACUCUAAACACCACGUUCUGACAAUAAAAUCUCGCUGUUCAAACUGACCUGUCGACUUCAAUGGGCUCCACCUGAUUCCCCGCUCAGGAGACACUUCCUGUCCAAGUAGACGUUUCGCUGUUUCACUGCUGGUUUCUGUCAGAACUCUGACGUCUUCUGAUGAUAUUAUAGCUAAACAUGUAAAACUGUUCUCCAGUCUAUAGACUGGCCAGACUGGAUCCUCCUGUGGUCUGGUUUUGGAACACGGGCCUUAUGUUUGACACCCCUGAUCUUGACCGUUAUAAUUCCCUGUUAUCAGCCUGUCUGAGUAUGAAGUCUGCAGCUGAUUCAAAAUGCAGUACUGAGAGAAUUGAUCUCAUAUUUGGUGAUCAGAUCAGUCGUGAUCUGGACUCAGGUGGAGGUGGGUUGGGUGUUUUGUAGUGUGCAGGCCAGCAGGGGGCAGUGUGUGAGCCAGUCUGCCUUCUCCUCCUCAGUGAGUCUCCUCUUGUCUGUCUCUCAUCUCAGCCCCACCCAGCCGAACGGACUGAAUCAGAGGCAGCCUGUCUGCGGUGCUCUGGUGAACUUACACAUCAAAUCCUGAAGAAAUAUAACAGAUUUACUCUCUCAGGUUGCUGAUCUGAACCCAGCUGAGUGUGUGAGAUGGCGUGUAUACAUCAAGGGUGUCAAACAUAAGGCCUGUGGGCCAAAAUAGGCCUACACGGGGCUUCAAUCUGGCCCACCAAAGUGCCAGAUGAGAAGAAAUGUUGACACAUGUGAACUAAUGCGAGUUUGACUCUUCCUCACACACACACACACACACACACACACACACGCACACACGUAUAACAUACAACCUCCUCUCACCUGGAUUCCAAUGAAGGAUAUUUGUGCUGUGAGGUGAAAUCGCCAGCUGCCAUGUGACCAUGUGACCAUGUGACCCUGUGACCCUGUGACCACUAGAAUAGAGACAUCCAUCCAUCCUCUGCUCCACUGAAUCCUGUUCAGGGUCACGGAGCGCUGGAGCCACACCAAGGGGCCAUUUCAGCCUCGUUUACGUGAUGUUUUGGGUGUUUUUACACAACAACGGCGCUCAGAGCAACGGAACACAGGACUUUUGAAAACACUCCAGCGAUCAGCUGCUCCUGGAAGCUCAGAGGCGAAGGAGCUUUUUGCUGUCUGUCGUCACCCAAGUUGUGGAAUGAGCUACCACCACGCCUCGGACAAGCCCCUUCACUGUCUGUUUUUAAAGCUAAUCUUCAGAUCCAUUUUUACUCAUUGGUUUUUAACCCAGCUUAAACUCUGCUCGUUUUCAAAAUUGCCAUUUUACUGUUUGAUUGUAUUUCAUUGCUUCACUGCUCACAUGUUAUGCUUUAGGGUUUUUAUGUCUAUCUGUGUACAGCACUUUGUCACAGUGAUUUUUUGUAAUUAAAGAGCUUUAUGAAUAAAGUUGAGAUGAUUUGCGGUAAAACAGACAUCGUUUUCAAAAUGUUGCUGUUUAAACGCAAACGCAUUUUCUGAAAUGAAAAUACAAAAACAAUUCGUUUUCAGUAGAAACGUUGGUCCCUCGGAUCAGUUUAAUCACUAGUUAACCUCAUGUUCAUGUUUCUGGAAUGUGGAAGGAACAUCAUUCACACACAGGAAGAACAUGCAAACU